AUGACUGUCAAAGCUGGAACCCCACGCUGCCGCGUCGGCUACGCAUUCGACCCCAAGAAAGUCGACACCUUUAUCUCACCUUCCGUCGUCGACGUCGCCAGUCGGAACGGCAUCGACCUCGUGGCCAUCGAACCCGACAAGCCACUCAUCGAGCAAGGCCCGUUUCACUGCGUACUCCACAAGCUCUACGGUCAAGAAUGGAAGCAACAGCUGACCGAGUUCGCAGCCAUGUACCCCGGCGCAGUCAUAAUCGACCCACCUGAGAAAAUCGAGCCACUCCACAACCGGGUCACAAUGCUGGACUCGGUGACCCGGAUCCAGAUAACCCAACCGCAAACAACCGUUGGGGUCCCAAAGCAGAGAGUUGUCGAGGAAGACGAGACUAUAGAGGAGUCGGGGCUGAACUAUCCGGUGAUAGCGAAGCCGUUGUUGGCCAACGGCGGAACGACGUCGCACGACAUGUGGGUGGUUCUGAACAGCGAAGGGUUCGAGAGUGUGAAGGAUCAGACUCCGUUGCUGGUUCAGGAGUACGUCAACCACGGCGAGGUUGUGUUCAAGGUCUACGUGAUGGGGGACCACGUGGAGUGCGUGAAGCGGCGGUCGUUGGCUGAUAUUCACCUCACGGCGGAGGACGGCGGAGAGUGGUCUGGGGUUUCGAUAAUGCCGUUUUCUAAGAUAUCGAGCACGGCUGCGGUGGAGCACGAGAGUGAGAAGUUGGAUGAGGCGAUAAUGCCGCCGCCGGAGCUGGUGGCGGAGCUGGGGAGGGAGCUGAGGAAGGCGUUGGGGCUUCGUUUGUUCAACUUUGAUGUGAUCAGAGAAAGUGAGGGGAAGUAUGAUGUCAUCGAUAUCAACUAUUAUCCAGGGUUUUCAAAAUUACCACAUUUUGACCAAAUCUUUACGAAUUUCAUACUCGAUAUAUGCAAAUAA